GAAACGAUAAAUUUAAUUUACUCCAGUACAAAUUCACUAAUAUUAUUAAGAUAUGAUUAUUUAUUUGUUUUAGUUCUAUAACUAUAUCAAGAAAUUAUAUAGCGAAAGAAAAAUUCACAAUAGACAGGUUUUAAUAGCUAUAGUUGAAAUUGACAGUGAUAGUGACUCUAAUUAUGAACAGGAAAGAGUCUUAUGGUCAGAUAUCUUUUUGGAGAAGGAAAAUAAGAAUUUUGCAUAUCCAUUUAGAUGUAAAUAAAGAUGGAAUAAUCAAUUAUGACAACUUCAUGCUACAGACUGAACAAUUUUCUAAAAUAAGAGACUUUUCUACAGAAGCAACUAUAGAAUUUAUAAAGAUAUUAACAGACUUGUGGGAAGAAUUAUGGGGAGAAGUUAAUCCUUACAAUCUAAUCGACAUUGAAAAAUAUAUAGAGGAAAUGGAUCAUGUACUUAAUGAUGCUUGUUUAAAAAAGAAAUGUCAUAGUUUUUUACCUUUUCUUUUUAAGGCAAUUGAUAAAGAUCAAAAUGGAGAGAUCUAUAUAAAAGAAUUUAAAUUAUUUUUUAAAUGUUUGGGACUAGAAAAUGAUCAUGUUGUUAUAUCAUUCAACUACAUUGAUAUAAAUGAAAAUGGAAAACUCAGUUUGGAAGAAUUUGUAACUUUAGGUAGAGAUUUUUUUCUUACCAAGAAUCAUACUAAGCCGAACAAACUCUUUUAGGGCCCUUUGAUAGAUUAAUUAUUUCAUGUAUAUAUUAAACUGCUUGGUAAAACUUGAGAUAAUUAUAGGAUUGUAAGUUUUCAACAAUGAUUAAUAAUAUUUAAAAUGUAAGUUAUCG